AUGGCGGGUCCCCCCAACUCUUCAGUGUGUAGCCUCAAUUUAGCUACGGCUCUAAGGGUGUGCAGCGAGCUAGGCUUGCCCUUGCACCCCGGGAAAUGCGAGGGCCCCUCUACCAUUCUCACUGUACUCGGUAUCCAGAUCGACACCGUCAAUAGGAUCGCUAAGCUCCCGGAGGAAAAACUCGCCGAUAUUCGUGGUCUUCUGGAGCGAUGGUCAUCGCUUAAAUGCUGCGCUGCUUCCGUCACCGCCAACAUCCAAUUCGCAUCUACUCAGAGCUUCGACUUGACCUCCAGUGGUGGAGACUUCAUCGCCUCGUGGAACGGCGUGUCCUUCUGGCUGUACCCGGGGAUGGCAGCCACACCAACGACAGUGGUUACAUCUGACGCGGCGGGCGCCAUAGGCUACGGGGCCUUUCACCGCAGCAGGUGGUUCAACGGCGUGUGGACGGAGCCUCAAAAGCUCGAAUCUAUCCCGUAUAAGGAGCUCUUCCCCAUUGUCGUCGCGGCUCACGUGUGGGGGCAUUCGUGGCGGAAACAACACGUCAUGUUUAGAACAUACAACGAAGCGGUUGUCCUUAUUCUGACCUCGCGGACUUUUCGCAUUCCUAGCAUUAUGCAUUUGCUACGCAGUCUGCUUCUAGUCGCGGCCAGGCAAGGGUUCUCCUUCUCUGCGGCGCACGUUCCCGGCGUGGAGAACUCCGUCGCUGACGCACUGUCUCGUUUUAAUUAUCAGGCCUUCCUCACACUCGCGCCUUGGGCUGCCCCGUCACCUACCUCAAUACCCCAGGCGGUCCUGGUAGAGCUAACACAGCCAACCUCGAAGCCAGAUGUCGGGAGCUGCUACUACAAGGCUUAG